AUGGAGGAAAACAACGUAUCCGAAGAGGCUGUGCAGAGCGCUACACAAGAAGAACACCCGAAUGAAAAAAAGGAGCAAAAUGAGGAAAACGCACCAAGUGGCGAAAAUGCGCCCAAUGAAGGAGAAAACGAACCAAGUGGUGAGAAGACAUUAACGGCGGAAGACUUCCAAUAUGAUGAAAACAAAAUUGUCUACACAAAAAAUGAAUUCCUGUACGCCUAUGUUGAACUGAUUCUGAAUGAGAAGGGAUUAGGGGAGGACCAUGACAUCCCCCUAUGCAGCAAUCAGUUUAAAUUUCCAGAAUUAUUAAACGAUGUAAGAAAAGGGGAGGAUGAGAAUAACCACUUGGGAGGUGAAGAAGGAGAAAAUGGUCCCAGUAGAAAUAACGCAAUUGGCGAUGAGGAGGAUGGAGGAGGUGCCCACAAUAAAUAUCAUCAUUACAGAAACUUCGCAGAAAGAAUAAGCGCAUCUUCAGCAUUUUAUAACAACGAAAAUGAUAGUAGAAGAAUUAAAAAUGAUUUUUUCACCAGGGAUGCGAAUAACUUCAUGAAUAAAGGUAACCUCCAAGAUUCGACUGACUCUAACAAUCCGAUGAGCAACCAGAACAGGAGGAACAACCACUUGCAAAAAAACAAUAGAUUCAGCAAGUUCUUCGAUGGAGGGAAUACGGACACGCUUAACAUUGGCGGUGGCAACAACGGAAACAACAACAAUAACAGUGGUAACCACCCUUAUGGAGGUUCGAAGAACCAGUUUGAGGGUGGCCCAGGGGAAGGCACCACCCGGAAUAAUUUCACCAGGAGGAUGAAUUUCCAUACCGAUGGAAGCAACCCCGCCUUCGUGAGCCAAAACAGUGCCGGCAAUAACACCCUGGGAAGUAACCCCAUGGGAAUCACCAGUGGAGCGAACAAAACCUUGUGGAGGGAGUUCGAUAAGGGCAUUUCCUCCUGGAGAUCCUCCAAAACAAACAACAAGACAAACGAAAACGUGAAGAAUGAUGCAAAGAUGAGAAAUUCUCCGAAAGCAUUUAGCAAAAGUUUUGCAGAUAAUAUGAAAAUGACAUCCCCUUCCACACAAAAUUCAGAUGACGAAAAUGAAAAUAAUAACGACAUGGCAAGGAACAUAAACAGGACUAACUACCCCAAAGACAAAGGACCAAUGCAUAUGAAGAGGGAAGAUAUGUUUAGCGAUCAAUCCUUUGCAUACAAAAAUUUACAUAUGAAUAAUAGUAUGGGUCAAAUGAGCAACAGUGCUGCGUUUAUCAGCCACUUUAACAACAACACCGCCAAUGGUUCUUCUGCUGCUGGUGCUGCUACUUCUGGUGGUGCUACUGCCGGUGGUGGUUAUGGAUACCAAGUGGGAGUCAACUCCAUGGGACGCCAUGCACAGGAGAACAACGACGGAGUACGUAGCAACGCAGUAGGGGGAGACAACGCCGCCAACAAAAGAUCAGUGGAGAAUAUCCCAGGAUCAUUAAACCAUUCAAAUGCACAAAACAAAAAUUUCAACUUCACCUCCCCCUCUUCUGCAUUUUAUGGCAAUAAAGGAAUUAGCAAUAGUGGUGGGCCCAAGAAAGGUUACAACGAUCUGCACAACAUGACAGGUACUAACGCUCCCGUCAGUGCUGCAGCGUUUAUAGCAUCAAGUGGCGGCAUGGCAGGUAUCAACAAUGUGAACGCAACUGACGAUUGGAAGAUGAAAAAGUAUAAGAAGAUCCCUACGAGUGGAAGCAACCCAGAGCAGCAGCAACAAUCACAGCAGGCGCGCAUGGGGGAAGAGAAGGCCAAGAGAAGAGAUGGCCGAAAUGAAUUUACCAAUAUGUUUAUGAACAAGGGUAAUGACUCCAACAAGCUAAAUAUGCAUAGCAUGGGGUCCAUGCAGGAUAUUAAUUUGUACAGUUAUGGUGGAAACACUGCCAGUGGAGGAGUGCACCACACAAAUGUUACUCACAAUGUAAAGGGAGGCGGAGCAGGUAAUUUCUCCAAUGCGGAGAUGAUUAGUAGUGACAUGAAGGAUGGACGAGGUAAUCACAUCAUUGACGAAAUGAAUAGGACUGGGCCAAAUGGCAUGUCUGAUGCGCUGCAUAACAGCAUGGGGAGAAAGAUGAGGAGAGGUGAAGGGGGAAUGGGAGGCAACUUCUCUGCGGCCCAUGAUAUGAUGAGAGGUUCACCCGGCCACGCCAGCAGCGGAAACAACCAAAGCGGCAUUGGCAGCACCCCAUUUAAUACCAAUCGAGGCGCUAAGGGAAACCAAAAGAGAGAAACGAAAAAUGAGAAAAACGUAAUGGAAGAUGACUGGAGCAACAUAAGGAGGAAACCAAGUUUUGUUGAUAACAAAAAGGCAACGGAUGAUUUCAUGUGGCACAAGAUGAGCGAGCAGUUUGAUAAAAACAACAAGAUGUCCUUCGAUUCGAUUUACCUGAAAACGGAUCAGAGCGCUGUGGCCAGCCUAACUCGAGGUCUAAACUAUGAUCACAGCAAAGUGGGGGGAGCGAACAAUGAAAGGAAUGAGAGUACGGAGGGUACUAACCACACUCUUUCUGGCAACGUUGGAGGUAACCUUAGCAGCAGUGCCUUUCCUCCACUCAAGGCGAAGAAGGCAAACGAUGGCUCCUUACCAGGUUUUACAGCGAACAUUGGAGGGUUAAAGUCGAAUGAGCAGCAGAAGGGCGCCUCCAAUUUGCACCCCUCGGCAGAAGGCAAACCUAGCGAUGGAAACGGAAACAACAAAAUAACAUCGGAAAAAGGAAAAAAGAAGAAGAAGGGAGAUAAAGAUGGUGCAAAGGGUGGUGAAAACAGUCAACAGAACGGACAGCAAAACGGACAAAUGAAAGGCCCCGGGGAAAAUGUUAAAAUGAACCCUAAGGAUACAAGUAAUGAUAAUAUAUAUAAUUCAUUUCAUGAAGGAAAAAAUUCUGCACUUCAUGAAAGCAGCUACUAUAAAUUUGCCCUUAAUGAAAAAAAAUAUGUCCAUAAGAAUAAUGAUCUUAACGUUAACCCUACCGCUAAUGUUGUGAACGUUAAUAAGAGUAAAAAUGUGAACGAAAAAAAGGAACUCAUUUUUAAUAAAUUCCUUGAUGUUGAUAAAAUCAAUUUACAGGAAGAACAUAGGGGAAUGAUGAUGGUUGCCCAGAAAAUAGAUGAACACGACCUGUGCAGAGAGUCCAAUCAACAGCCCUACCGCAUCAUGAGUACUUCUUCCUCUACGCAACAACGAUCGCAACAAGCGCAACAAUCACAGCAUAACUAUGGCGGCCUACACCCAACACACGGUAACAUCAUCGGAAAAACGGACAAGCGGAAUUUCUUCGACACCAAUAGGAAUACCAAAGCCGGCUAUCCAUUCCAGGAAAAAGAGAACAACAACAACAACAGCAGCAGCAGCCUAAACGAACGCUACUUUCUAGCCAAUCGCUACGCCAAGUAUGACCAUUUCAGGAGCAGGAAAAUCCCGGAGGACAGGGAGAGCAUGAUGGGGGGCAUCCCACAGGAGAGCCUCUUGCAGAAAAUUAAGCGGAAAAACAUGAGCACUGUACAAAGCAUGAACAACUUGAGCAACCCGAAUGAUGUACAUUGUGCGAACAAUAUGCGCAAUCUGGACAACGCGGACCACACUAACAAUCUAAAUAACAGCAGUGCCAACGAUGGUAUUCUCUCUCAACAGAGCAACCACAAGGAGCAUGGAGGUGUUCCUCUCCCCAUCAGUCACUUGAAUCAACAGUUUAACCCAAAUCAUUUCCAGAACAAUCGAAACGGAAGUUUAAUUGACCUCGCCAAUAGCCCCAACUGUAUGGAAGAAUCGAUGAGCACCAAUAAUAUAUCGUACCUCCUGUCCGUCCUGAACAACGCAGAGGCAACAGCCGCAGCAACGACAUCGGGAGGUGUGGCCGCGCUGAGAUCCACGCAGGCAGCUACCAAUAGAAACGGAAGCGCCCUUCUUACCAGUACAAUGAAGGAUGGAAGACCCAUCCACCUUAAUCUAAGCCAAGCACAUAUGAACAACCAGAAGUACUACACCACAGCAGAUAUUGACAGAAGCAAUGGAGAAGUUCCAGUGGAUAAAGAAGAGUUAACGAUGAUGGAAAAACAAAAUAUCCUUUUAAGAACGAUUAUGAACAAAAUAAAAAUGGAGGAAAAUAUUUACAACAAAUUAAGCGAAAGUGAAAAAGAAGAAUUGCUAAAGGAACUAAUUUUAACCAAUGCUAAGCGUGUGGACCCGUAUGGGUAUGGUCAGGAAGAUACAUCUUCCUCUUCCCCCCUACUUAGCAUGAUUGGCAAAAAUCUGUAUCACCAAGGUACUGAGACUAGUGGUGAUCUUGAAGAGACACACCUGAAUUUGAAGAACACCACCACUAGCAUGGAACUUAUCAAUCACAUGUAUGGAGGAAGUGCUGAUGUGAAGCGUAUGAACAAUAGAUCCAAUGUAGCCACUACAAACAUGGUUUCAUCGCCUUUUGGAAAUAACUACACCAAAGGGGGGGAAGACGAUGGCGAUGAUGGAAAUAAGGACCAGUGUAACUUGAAAAAUAAUAUUAAUAAUAUGAGCGAAAAUGAGGCCUUUUCCUAUGCGCAGGAAGUGGACUAUGCCGGGCGGCAUCUCCUCUAUGAGGACGGAAAAAUGAAGGCUCCAGUAGACCAUGGAGAGAAGGAUGAUCAUUCGAUCAGCCAGGUGAAUACGGUUCCCCCCGUGCAGAGCAAUAAAAAGAGCUCCUUCAUGAAUGUAAGCAGGUGGCUAAAAUACUUCAGUAGGGAUAAGGGGAGCGACGAGGUGGAAGGAACUCAGGUGUCAACGAAAGAGAAGGUCAUGCAGAUAAAUGAAGCGCAUCACAUGCACGACAAGAAUGACGGGAGUAGCAAUAAUAAGGGAAAUCCAUCCGAAGGAGCAGGACUGGUGGCAAUCGGAUAUGGUUAUAACAACCAAGGUAGAAAUGUUCAACAGAAAGUUCACAACAAUAAUAAUGCUGAUUAUAGAGCAGAUUCAUCAAACCAUUUGCAUGAAGAAGCAGAAGUUGUAAAAACCAUACUCGGUGCAAUGAAAGAGGAGAACAAACAUCAACUGUACAAUAGGGUGGACAUUAUAUCCUCCCCCCCCUGUGCCCUUAACGAGAAGGUAAGCACCGGAAUUCACCCAGGACGUAACAUCGUGGAGGAUUUUUCUCACAAGGGAAUGAAUUCCACUGUGGAAGGAACACAAAAAAAUAGUGAUAACCACAACAGUGUGGAUAUAUCUAAUAAUCACUACAUGCACAUUAUCAACAGAAUAAAUAAAAUCAGGGGAGAUGUGUGGCAGUACAAAGACCCCGCAGGAAAUGUACAAGGCCCCUUUUCAUCAGAAUUGAUGUUCUACUGGUGGUCCCUGAAAUACUUUCCACAAAAUUUGCCCAUCCGCUUUAAUGAAAAUAUGCCUUGGGUUAGCUUCAACGAAAUGUUCCCACCAGGAACAUUUCCUUUUGUUUUUCCACUGACGAGUUUUUCAAAAAACAAUUACAACAUGGUGAAGAAGGAUAACGAGCAUUGUUCUUCUGCUCAGCAGAAUAACGACCUUAACAAUAAUAUGGAGGGCUUCAAGAGGAGAUCCCCUUUGGAAGGUAAUCGCCUCAAUAGUGGUGGUGAAGAUAACAGCGAUACGAAGAACUACCUGCAUGCGAAUGUCACUGCUAGCCACUUGAGCAGUAUGAAUGGCCUGAAACAUCUAAACCAUUUGAUAAAGAGCCAGGAUAAUUUAUCAGCAAAGAGUUAUAACAUGGAUGUGACAAAGAACCCAGGGGGAAUGAUACUAACACAGCCAGAUGGAACAACAAGAACAACAUGCAUGUACAAUGAUAAGGAGUAUGCAGAUGUUCGUGAUGGAGGAAAACCCAAAUCGGAAGUGCGCAUACCAGAGAGAGGAGAAAGAGAUCAUACCCCUAGAAGGACAAUAAAUUCCACCAGUAGUGGUACCAGUGCUCGCACCGAUAAGGAAGUUACAGACAUGGAAAAGAAUCUUCCUUCCGAUGACGAUCAUCAUCGGGACGAUAAUAUUAAAACAGCAACGCACUCAUACAAGGCCACGGGAAAUAUGCAAAGUCAGAAUAAUUAUGCAGGAGCCCAUCACUCGGUUGUAGUACCUCCCAUCUCUACAGAAGCGGCAAUAGGGACGCAAAAGUUUUCCGCAAAUUACAAGGAUGGAAGAAAUGUCAUGGAUAAUUUGUCACAUCACACCAGAGGAAAUGUUAGUAGAUUCGCUGAAAGUAUUUCCCACCACGACACGAAAUUACCCAUCGGGGAGAAAGGAACAAAUCGUCCACAGAAAGAAGCAGAUCAGGAUGAGGAUCCAUUUUCCAGCACAAUCAGAUGGAUGCCAGAAAAAAUGACAAACUUUCCGAAGAUGUUCGAAUUUGCACUUAACGAAGAGGAACCAAAAGAGGCAGGAGAGAAGUUUUCUCCAGGUGGAAUUUCGCCUCAAUUGAACAAGAAUACUGUGGCACUUCGAAACAAGAAUCAGCACAGAGCUACGGAUGAAGAAGAAGAAGAAGAGGUGUCCACAAAAUUACGCGACUAUAACAACAGUAACCUUAAUGACAAACAAAUGAACAAAUACACGGCUAGUCAUUCACUCAAUGUGAAGAGCGGAAACGAUCAACCCAGUGAUAAGGUCAAUACACAGGCUAAAAGUAACAACGUGGUGAGUGACGAAACUCUUCAAGCCCCCCUAAAUGACGCGAACUAUAAACGAAACGUGGCCCACCAUGAGGGAGGCGGAAAGGCCAAGGCUAAAAUGGUCCCGUCGACCGUGGGAAGUGGAAAACAAGCUAAGGACGACAAAGCCACUACGAGAAAACCGCAGGAGGAAGAGGAAACCAGCGAGGGAUACGCCACUAUGAAGAAGGAAAAGAAGGGGAAAAAGGGAAAGCGAGAAAAGGGAGAGAAGGCAGACAAGACGGAUAAGGCGGAUAAAGCAAAUAAGGUGGAGAAGACAGAAAAGAAUAGAAACAAAACCAACGAAAGUGCCAAAGCAAAGGAAAAGAAUCACCAACAGAUGGAUGAUACAGCUAGUGUGAGCGGAACACACUGGGAGGAGGCAAAGAAAAAGCGAAAGGGUGAUGACUCAAAUAAGACCAAAGCUGAUGAAGGCGAAAAGGAGGUAACGAAAAAAACUAACAACACAAAGAAGAAGAAAAAGGAAUGUUCUGCAGAGGUGGUAGGUAAGAAUGGUGAAGCGACCUUGCCACAGCAGUUGGUACCAGAGGAACAACAACACCGCGAGAAGAAGGCCAAGAAGGAGGGAAAGAAGGCGGAUACCAGUAAGGCCGGAACUUCCAUCGCGCCAAGUACAUCCAUAGCGCCAAACGAAGCCAACGCAGUGAACACAGCCAAUACAGCCAGUUCGGGUAACGCAAAGGGGACCGAAAAAAAAACGGAAAAAAUGAAGUGGAGCAUAACGGGCGAGAGAAAAAUAGACAAGCUGGUGGAUAUCAUGAAGGGAGAACAGAAGAGUGUAAAUAUGAAGAUAAAAAUUGAGAACUCAAAAAAAAAAAUGGCAGGAAUUGCUAACGGAAACAAUGCAAGUGGUGCCAAUGGCACAGUGAAGAAAUCCGGCUGGGAUGUCUCCUUCAACACAAAUGUGAAAAACUCUGACAACGUAAAUUUUCCGCAUUUGUCUACAGGGGGAGGAAACAAACAAAGUAAAGCAAAGACUGGGGCGAAAGGCAGCUUGCCAAGUAAAGUCAACUCCCAAAACAAGGACACUGCAAACGCGACUUCCAGCGGUAGUGGUGGAACUAUGGCUCCGUUCUCCAUGGCAGCUGAGAACAAUAACGCCAAAGGAGGUGUUAGCGCAAAGAACAACACAGAUAUUUCAAAUAAAAAACAGAGUGAGAAGAAAAAAUGGAAAAGCGGAGGCGGCGAUAUGCAAAUGAGCGAGGAGGACAAGAAGUUCCCACCCCUUCUGAAUUCUACGUCUGUCAAGGUCGAAAGCACCAAGAAGAAAACGAACAGCCCCUCAGACCGGGAAAUUACAGACCUGAAGCAACUGACGAGCCUGUGCAAGCUCCCCCUGGACGACUCCCUCUUGAACUUUCUAAAGAACUUCAAAAAGGCCGACGAAAUUUACGCCUUCUUGCAGCAUAGCGUGGAAGAUAAAAAGAAGCUCACCCAGUUUGCCAAGGAGUUUAUAAAAAUAAACUCUAAGAAUGACGUGAGUGGCCAAACUACCAAGAAGAAGAAGUAA